CGCUCAGUCCGACUCAGCCGUCGCGCUACGACGACGUUUCCGAGACGCUCGCGAACACAUACGCGCGCGCGGCGAAAAUAGUGAGCUCGUGGCCGGGACACGAUCCGCGAGUUUAGUGUGGCGGCGAUGUUGCGGCCGCUGCUCCUGCUGGCGCUGGCGCUGGCGGCGCCGGCCCCCGCCGCGGCGCGCCGGCACGCUCCCACUCUGCGCGAGGACGAGCCCGCUCGCCGCACCACGCGUCCCGCCGAGUGCCAGUUCGACAAGCAGGCACGAGAGCUGGGCUCCACGUGGUUUGCGGACCUGGGCCCGCCUUUCGGCGUGAUGUACUGCUUCAAAUGUGAGUGUUUACCGGUGCAGAAGAAGAGGCGAGUGGUCGCCAAAGUGAGGUGUCGGAACAUCAAGAACGAGUGUCCUGAGCCGUCCUGCGACACGCCCGUGCUGCUGCCGGGCCGGUGCUGCAAGACCUGCCCUGGUGACGUCAACUCACCUGAUAUCAUUCAAGAGGACAGUCCAACGGUGGUGAUAGCUACGGACGAUGAUGAACUUAGCAUGAAACAUUUUGGGGCGCUGCUCACUGGCAGAUCACCUCUCUGCAUACGGCGGGAUGACAUGACAGGAGUUCCUGUGGCAGCUGGCGUAGCCACUGCCAGGUUCACUUUCAAGCGGCGACACCUCUACUGGUCCGUGCUCCUGGGCCCAACGAUGGCUGUGCCACCUCGGGCACUGCUGUUCUUGGAUCGAGGAGGACGAUUGCUGCUUGAGCACCCUUUGAAAAAAGCCCCGGGAAUUCAUGCUACGUACGAAGAUAAAACUGAUAAACUAUGCGGAGUUUGGCGUCGAGUACCACGAGAAUACAAACGAUUAUUGAGAGAAGGAUCAUUGUAUGUGGCCUUAGUGUGGGGCGACGAACGGAACAACACUAUGGACAGCGCUCUGAGCGGUCGAAUCAAUAGGUAUCCUGCAUUGUCGUCGGAGAUGUUUACGUCUUUGCUAGAGCCUGAGCAUCCACCGGCUACGAUUGGCAAUGGUCCUUGCGACGACUACAGGACCUUGGGCCAAGACGAAGGCUGGUGGGGAGGAACCGCGGUGGUGACGGGAGCGGCCGGUGCGGCGCCAAGCUUGCAUCUGGCUUUGCUCUACAAUGGAGUGUUCACCCCAGCCUCUAGAGAUCAAGCUGUCAGGGUGCUGCUUACGCUACCUGACAAAAAUCAAACGAUUAUUAAUGAUGUGCAAAAAGUCCCGAAGCCCAGUUACGAGAUGAACAUCCUCGAAGUGUCAACCCCAGUGUCAGCUGCCGAGCUGAGGUCCUUGGCCCGAGGGCGUCUGCUCCUAACUGUGGAGUCUAUCGGGAACCCGGAUAGGAGAAUCAGUGGCAGCGUGAGGCAGAGAGCCGCGUGUGAGGUGUUCCACGCAUCGUUGGUAGCGGAGAGACCACCCGCGUCGCCGGCGCCUGAAGGACUGGCUUUGCUUUACAUCGACAAAGAAGGCUCGCUUGUCUAUGAUAUACAGGUGGACAACAUGGGGAUAACUGAUCCGAAGAUAACGCUGGUGGAGGAACAGGGGAAGCGUCACUCUCAAGUUGAGAUACUGGACACGCAUAUCGGCGUAUUGGCCAGACCCAGUGCGAGGAUCUUCCCUCCUUUGUAUGAUGACCAGUUGGCAGUGCACAUUGGUGCUGAUCUUGGUCCUCCAGUCCUUCGAGGCAGAUUAAUGUCGCGACCGUUACCAGACGCCGCGGGCUCUGGCCCGGCGCUGCUGCGACGAACUGACGCCCGCCAGCCAGUCACAGCUAACCCGGUCGCUGGCCUGGCUUGGUUGUCCGUGGACGCUUUGUGUGGACUGCACUAUGAGGUCACAGUAAUGGGCAGCGCCGGACCAUGGUCGGCGUGGUUGGAAACGCACCCUGGCAGCGAAGCUCGAUCCCUCACCGGAAUAGAGGGCUGCGUGUUAGAACCAACUGCAGCCGAACUAUCUGCACUGCACGAUGGAGUCGCAUUCCUGGAUAUCAGAGCGGCUGACAAUGACACGGCAAUACUGCGCGCGCGGUUAACACAGAUAAGCGUGCCACCAUCCUGUCUGCCAACCAAUUCUUGGACUGGCGGGAACGAGCUGAGUCCAAGCUACACGCCGUCUCACGUCAAUACGUCGCCUCCUGAUAAUUCGCUGUCCAACACGGCCUCUUGCUACUACGCCGGGGCGUUUUAUGAAGAUGGUGCCCAAUGGAUGGCUGUUGAUUCAUGUCACAUGUGCGGUUGCGUGCACGGAGCUCUCCGCUGCGACCCGGUGAGAUGUCCUCCCGUGAACUGCAGUGUACCGACCAUCCAGCCCCCUGGACAAUGCUGCCCUAUCUGCACCAAUUCAACCACAGCGGUCUGGAACGAAUCCCACGGCUGCCAUUUGGCCGGGCAGUACCACGCUCCAGGGUCUUCCUGGCACCCGUACCUAGUUCCUGAGGGAUACGACACUUGUGCUGUUUGCACCUGCGAGUUCUCGACCAGGCAGGUCCGCUGCCCGAGGGUCAGGUGUCCUCCUCUCAGGUGUUCUGAGAGGGAAGCGUAUCGACCAGAUAAGAAGUCUUGUUGCCGUGUUUGUCCAGAGGUAAAAGCGAAGAAACCAGAAGACGAGACUCCAAAGGACCAGGCCGCGCCGCGGACCGCCGAGGAGAUCCUGGCGGAGGGCGGCUGCAAGUUCCCCGACGGCCCGCUGCCCAACGGGAAGGAGGUGCACCCCUCCAUCCACUCACACGGGGAGCAGAGAUGCGUCACCUGCCGAUGCAAGGACGGCGAGCUGACGUGCGUCCGCAAGCGCUGCAGCCGCGCGGCGUGCGCGCGGCGACGGCGCGGCGACGCGUGCUGCACGUGCGCGCGGAACCGCCGCCAGCGCGCGCCGCCGCGCCCCAGCUGAGCGCAGUGAGUGCUAUAGACUGAUGUACUGUACGAUUCGAAUGUGUUAGCUAUAGGAUGCGGCCUACGUAACGCCACUGACGCGCCCCAGCUAAGCUUUCGAAUGUGUUGUAUCUAGUUAUAGGAUGCGGCCUACUGUAACGCCACUGAGCGGAGCACUUUGAACUGACUGAACGAUUCGAAUGUGUUAGCUUUAGGAUGCGGCCUACGUAACGCCACUGACGCGCCCCAGCUAAGCUGAUGUGAGUGCUAUAGACUGUACGAUUCGAAUGUGUUGUAUCUAGUUAUAGGAUGCGGCCUACUGUAACGCCACUGAGCGGGGGACCUUUGGACUGACUGUACGAUUCGAAUGUGUCUAUAGUCUGGUCUGCGAGCACGUAGAAUUUUGUUCAAUGACCCCAAGCUACCCAUUCUUAUUGCUCGCGCGUAGUUAAGGAUGGGUAGCUUGGGGUCAUUGGACAAAAUUCUACGUGCUCGCAGAUCGGGCUUUAGCUUUAGGAUGCGGCCUACGUAACGCCACUGAGCGGGGCACUUUGAACUGACUGUACGAUUCGAAUGUGUCUAGCUUUAGGAUGCGGCCUACUGUAACGCCAUCGCGCCACUGAGCGGGGCACUUUGGACUGACUGUACGAUUCGAAUGUGUCUAGCUUUAGGAUGCGGCCUACUGUAACGCCACUGACGCGCCCCAGCUGAGCUGAUGUGAGUGCUAUAGACUGAAAAACUGAAUUGUACGAUUCGAAUGUGUCUAGCUUUAGGAUGCGGCAUUGUAACGCCACUGAGCGGGCUGGAGUCAAUUCGAAUGUGUUUAGCUUUAGGAUGAUUCCUAUUGCAACGCCAUCGCGCCACUGAGCAGACUCGCACUUUGGACGGUACCACUUAGAAUGUUUCUUGUUUUCAGUGUACGAUUCGAAUGUGUCUAGCUUUAGGGUGCAUUUGAAGACUUUGGACUGUUGGCUGAUAUAGUACUGAUAGGGUAGUGUAAAUUAUUUAGUUGUGACUUUUCUAUUAAGCAUAGAAUUGAAGUUAUGUUAGUGAAUUAAGGUUUUAACCCAGUGUAUAACAAGAUCAGAUGAUAAACUAUGCUCUUGGUUAAAGGUGUCAGCUUUAGCUGAUACCUCACUAUCACAGCACUUAUAAAUAUGACUGGAGGUGACCCAUCGUGACAUCUGUGGGACGUGGGUGUGUUCGAUAAAUAAGAACUGCGUUAUUGCGUGUUAUCAUGUCGUAGGCAUGUACAGUCAACGACAUUAUGCUGAAAAUCUUUUUUUGACAGCUGUAAUUUGGCUCUUGGCUCUAUCAGCACCAGUGUUCCACAGGGUAUGACAUUCAAACAUGGCUUGACAAAAGCGUGAUAGGAUCGUAAUCUUGACUUGACUAAUGUCUUUAGCGUGUCUUCUAGCGCUCACGCUCAGUGGCGGUGCAGCAUCGUAUGACUUAUAAAUUGUAGAGUCGGUCGCGAUGUCUCGGCUUCGGCGACGGUAGCUUUACAGUGUAGCGUUACACGGAGUGAAUAUUUAAUUACCCACCGGUAUUUUAAUUGGUAUUAUGAGACGUCCCAAAAUUUUUAAGGCGCAUUAACGUUAUUUUCCGAUACUGAUACGAUUGUAGUGUUAAGUCGACGGCUCGAUCGCUCGGUGUUCAGAUGGUGCGAGCGCGGUCGAUAAAGAUGUGCCAUAUUUUCUUAAUGUAAAUAUAAAUUAUUACUUUAAUUAUUACUUAUGUGCAUAUUUAUUUACUUUACUAAUAUGAACGAUACGGGAACACGGCGCGUGUAGGUAUUCGUGUUUAAACCAUUACAAACUUGUGUUAUUAGGUCGUCUUGUUUGUGCAUUUGCUUUUAGUUUUGUAAUAAUCUAAUUAUUAAACACACGAUUGUAUUAUGUACACUUGAUGAAAAUUGUAUCUUUUAUUACCUACAUAAUUAGUGAUUAUAACCUGUGUCGGAAUAGGGAGUAGAUAUUGUAAUGGAACCACAAAAUUGACCAGACAAAUUGACCGACUAAUUAAAAUUAUAAUUACUACUCAAAACCUGUAUGAUUUAAGUACUUAUUUCUAUUGGUAUAUUAAAACGCAAUUUUUGCAAUAGAGCUCAAUUUUGUGGUUACACUGUACAUCUUAGAUAACCUAUUCAUUAUCAUAAAACUUGUAAAUACUACGUAAUAUUUGGUUUAGAUAUCAUAUUUUUAACAUGUAUACAAUUUUAUACUUAUAACAAUAAAGAUUGUACCGUUUAAAAUGGAUGUAGAUAAGGUAGUCUAUGCGAAUUUCGUGACUAGUUUUGAUUAAUUACUAGGUUAACUAUUAGUUACGUAAUUAAGGAAGCUAGUCCAAAUAAUGUGUUGAUGUGAUGGAAAUGAAUGCCAUUUAGAUAGAGAUAUGUUUGUCAUAAAAUUUCAUUUAAGAGGCCUCGGUUACAAAUUCAUACAUUCACUUGUUUACGACGUGGAGCAAAAUGUAAUUAUUAUUCAUUAUAUUUCUUCAUUGUUAUUCCAUUAUUGAUAGACACUUAAUUUCAUACUCAUGAGGCCUUAGUAUUUUACCUCUACGAUAUUUUGUUUCAAGAUUUUUGGAAUUAUUUCCGAUAUGUUGCCAAAAAGUGUUUUGUAAACUUUGUAAAAUAAAAAUUUUCGUUUCGUUGUGGGUUCUAGUCCAUCAAAAUUGUGAGCAAAAUGUAUUAUAGUGUUAUAUUGGCUAUAUUAAGAUUUGUUUUUGACAUUAUGAGAAUAUCACUCGAUUAAGCAAAGAGUUAUCUUGAUAAUAUUUUUUUGUAUAA